AUGAAGCAAAGAUUCUCCUCUCUUGACGUCAAGGUAAUUGCUCACGAGUUAAACCAAAGCCUAACUUCGCUUCGAGUCGCCAAUAUUUACGACCUCUCAACAAAGAUCCUACUCUUCAAAUUUGCGAAACCGAAUACCAAGAAGCAACUGCUUAUAGACAUCGGGUUUCGUUGCCACACGACGGAAUACGCUCGCGCCACUGCAGGGAUUCCAUCUGUCUUUGUUGCUCGGCUGCGCAAGGUGCUUAAGACACGGCGCCUUACAUCUGUGUCUCAGAUAGGGACUGAUCGUAUUCUCGAAUUUCAAUUCAGUGAUGGGCAAUACAGGCUGUUCCUCGAGUUUUUCGCUAGCGGAAACGUAAUACUCACCGAUGCCAACCUCAAGAUACUCGCAAUAUUUAGAAAUGUGCUGGAAGGAGAUGGACAAGAACCACAAAAGGUCGGGUUGCAGUAUUCUCUUGAGAGCAGACAAAAUUUUCUCGGAAUACCAGAGCUGUCACAGGAAAGAGUGCGAACCGCACUAACCGCAGCGGUUGAAACGGUGUCAGCUACAAAAGGUCACCAUUCGAAACCCGCCCCAAAACAAGGAAAUGCACUACGAAAGUGUUUAGCGGUGUCAAUCACAGAGCUACCUCCAAUUAUAGUCGAUCACGUACUGCAGGCAAACGACUUCGACACUUCGCUCAAGCCAGAGACAAUAUUGGAAGAUGCUAGCCUCCUUAGCAGCCUAGUAGAAAACUUGCGCAAGGCGAGGGAGCUUGUUGGAGCUAUUACGUCGUCGCCAUCGUGUACCGGAUUUAUCUUCGCAAAGAAGCCGGCCCAAGAACAAAAUUUGCCGACCGAGGACACAUCUAGUGAGGCGAAAGCCGGCCUGCUGUAUGACGACUUUCAUCCUUUCGUGCCCCAAAAAUUUCAAAAUAACAGCAAAAUCGAGAUUUUGAGGUUCGAAGGUUUCAACCGAACUGUCGAUGACUUUUUCUCCUCUUUGGAAGGGCAAAAACUUCAGAGUCGCGUGGUCGAAAGAGAAGCAGCCGCUCAAAGGAAGCUAGAUGCGGCGAAACAAGACCAAGAAAAUAGACUCAAGGGACUGCAAACCUCUCAGUCCGACAACUUUCGAAAAGCAGCAGCCAUCGAAGCGAACAUUGAGCGGGUCCAGGAAGCCAUGGAUUCGAUCAAUGGCCUACUAGCUCAAGGAAUGGAUUGGGUAGAUAUCGGGAAGCUUGUUGCACGAGAGCAAAAGAAAAACAACGCAGUUGCGAAUUUGAUUUGCCUGCCCUUGAGCCUGGCUGACAAUGUCAUUUCUAUCCGCUUAAGCGAAGAAGACGAUGCUGGAAGCGAAGUGGAAGACCCUUUCGAAACAGACGACAGCGACGCCGAUUCUGAAACAGAUUUGAAUGCCGCCAAGAGCGUCCAGAACUACUCGGACAAAACCAUUAUUGUUGAACUGACCCUUACACUCAGUCCCUGGAGCAAUGCACGGGAAUACUACGACCAACGAAAAACAGCAGUUGUCAAAGAAGAGAAAACUCAACUACAGGCCGAUAGAGCCAUCAAGAGCACUGAGCAGAAGAUCAAACACGACUUGAAGAGGGCCCUAAAACAGGAAAAGGCGCUAUUACAACCGAUUCGAAAUCUCAUGUGGUUUGAGAAAUUUUACUGGUUUAUUUCUUCGGAUGGUUAUCUUGUCGUUGGUGCCAAGGACAAGUCACAGGCAGAGAUCUUAUAUCGGCGGCAUUUGGGAAGCGGCGACAUCUUCUGCCACGCCGACGCAAACAAUGCUGCGAUAGUCAUUGUGAAGAACAAUUCGAAUACAGAAGAUGCACAUAUCGCACCGGCCACGCUGGCUCAGGCCGGGCAACUGAGUAUCUGCUCCUCCGAGGCAUGGGAUUCAAAAGCUGGUAUUGGCGCGUGGUGGGUCAAUUCCAGCCAAGUGUCUAAGUCAACUCCUACAGGAGACAUACUACAGCCGGGCAACUUCAAUAUUAGCGGAGAGAAGAACUUUUUGCCCCCUGGCCAACUGAUACUCGGCCUCAGUAUCAUGUUCAAAAUCAGCGAGGAAAGUGAGAUCCAUCAUAACAAGCACCGUAUACAGGACGGGGACGAAACCGCUGGUGCUCCUGGGAGGGAAACCGAAACAAACUCCAAACAAGACACUUCUAUCAUGGACAUGAAUCAGGAGUCCAGUGACGAAGAAGAUGAAGGUGAUUAUAAAGACGGGGACAAACAACCUACCAGAGCCAACCCCCUCUACGGUGGAAGUCUUGACUUGGAUACAGCACAAUAUGGAGACGGAGGCCAAAUAACAUGCACUUUAGCUACUCUGGAUAUCAAGGAGGAGAGCGACGGAGAGACUCCUGAGCCUGAUACUGCGCAAGUAGUGGCUGGUACCAUUGAGAUUUCCACCAACACGAACGGGCCUGUAGCGAGGAGUGGUGCACUAUCUGAUUUUAAGAAACCAAAGAGAGGCCACAAGGGAAAAGCGAAGAGAAUCGCUGCGAAGUACAAAGAUCAGGAUGACGAUGAUCGUGCUGCUGCCGAGGUGCUGAUUGGUGCUGCUGCAGGCAAACAGAAAGCUGAAUCCGAAGUGCAGGAAAAAGUGCAGCGGGAGCAAGAACUUGAGCAGGCAAGAGCGAGACGUCGCACACAGCACGAAAAGAAACAAAGAGAGGUACUCAAGCAUGAGGAGAAGAGACGGGCGAUUCUCGACGGUGCGGAUCGCGAAGCGGACGACGAAGAGAAAUAUCAGACACCAAUCAACCUAUUGGUUGGCACCCCACGUCCUGGCGACGAGAUCCUGGAGGCCGUCGUCAUCUGUGCUCCCUGGGCUGCGCUCAGCCGGUCAAAAUACAAAUUUAAGCUCCAGCCCGGUGCCACAAAGAAGGGUAAGGCAGUCAAGGAACUGCUGGAACGUUGGAAAGCAGACGCGGGCAGAAAAGGCACUCUGGAUGAAAAGAGCACUGAUACAGAAAAGAUGUGGCCCAGAGAGGUGGAACUCAUCAAGUUCCUGAAGGUAGAAGAGAUUGUAAACACAGUUCCUGCCGGCCGAGUUCGUCUGGUUGUCGUUGGCGCUACUUCUGGCUCUGGCAAAGGAGGCCAUGGCUUUAGGGGAGGCAGGAAUGAAGCAAAGGGCGGUAAAAGGGGCAAAUAA